ACUAUCCAAACAUUGAAGACGAAUUCGGAUCGCCCACAAUGUUUGCUGCCCGACAAGUUACCCGCACCGCCCCGCGCUUCGCUGCGCAGCUGCGCACUCCUAUGCAGCGCCGUUUUGCUAGCACCGCCGAAAAUGAGUUCAUCAGCGAGCGCCAGCACAUCAAGGAACACGCUCAAGGCACCACUGAGCUCUGGAAGAAGAUUUCUCUCUACGCCGUUGUCCCUGCCCUUGCUGUCGCUGGAGCCAACGCCUACUGGCUAUGGACUGAGCACUGGGAGCACUGGAGCCACCUCCCUCCUCUGCCAGAGCGCACCGAGUAUCCCUACCAGAACAUCCGCACCAAGAACUUCCAGUGGGGCGAUGGUGACAAGACUCUCUUCUGGAACGAGGGCGUCAACUACCACAACCAUGACAAGACCAAAUAAAGUUGACGAACGGAAAUAGGCUGGGUUAAUGGUUCCAGGAGAAAUACUACUGGUAGCUGUAGACCCCUCCUUUGGAGCUUGAAUCGACUGUCCCGUAACUUGAAGGGCGACAACUGUAUCCCUCCAAGCUGAGCUAGACUUUGCAAUGUAUCUAUAUCAUCCUUCUAAAUCCUUGCCUUUGUGUAUAACUCUGGGUGUCUUUUUGGUGCAGGAAGUCAUAGCGGCCAUCGUCAUAGCGGCCACGAGCAGGCACCUAGUAAGCCUCUCAAAAAUAGGCGAAUUGAGACGCGGUAGAGUUUGUCCCGU